CAUUUGCAAUGAACUUCACACACUCAUGACCCUGCAUCAAAGACGAGAAAGAAGAAAAGUUCGACCCAACGGCGAUGGCUCAGGUGCCGGCCAAGCCAAAGAAACCAGCGGCGGCUCCCCCUUCAGCGGCGGCACCGCCUCAAAAUUUCCUGUCGCCGUUCACGCCGGACGCGGCGGUAUCUCCAGAGGCUCAUGUUGACCGCGUCAAACUAGCACAGCUUGAGAGGGAGACCGACGCACUGAACGUCGCCGUGAGGGCGUUCCAGCUGCUGCUGGACCGCGCCAAGCGCAGCCGUGACGUGUCCGGCCAGCCGGCCAGCUUCCAGUACACGCUGUGGUGCAUGGUGGUGCUGGUGAUCGUCGUCACGGUCGUCGGGGUCCUGCUGCUAAACAUUGCCGCGAAGCGACAGCGGGACAAGCUGACCUCCACCACCGAGGUCAAACAUGGCCAACACGACAUGGCCGACAAUGAGCUCCGGUUGGCCGUAGAGAGUGACCGCUUUGACCAGGAGGCAACCGGACCCCCAGCCGGCACGCUUGGUGAAGACGGCACCUGGGCAGACCCUGACGACAACAGUGCCGAACAAACCACCGAGGAAGAAGUGGACGCUGCGACAACGACCGUCCGACCGUAGCACGAGAGCCGCCUGUCGCACCCACAGGCGGAGCUUUUGUUCAAACAUGCACCGACAUCGCCACUUGAUCUUUUUCUUGCGAUGGUCACAACGUGCUUCAUUCGUAACUGCAUCGCAUGUCCGUGUAUAUACGCACGAACGCCUCAAUGCAGGAGGGCAAUUAAACGCUGUUUUCAUGCUAUCCUUGUGCGACCGGAACGCGACAGCGUAACUACAACUGCGCAUGUAGAGAGACAAGAGACGCACGUGUGAAAUCGAGCUGCUGUUGCAAUAACGUCCAAUAUUUUCCCUAUGUCCGAAAACAGGGUCUUCGUAAACUUGAGAACGAU